CCUUUUUUGGUUUUAUUAUUGGUUCUCGUGCUUUUCGGGGUUCUCUCAUUGGUUAUGCUUUUUUGGGAAUAUUAUGAGAAACUCAUGCGUCUUUGGAAAUAUUUUGUGAAAGAUGAUGAAAGAGGAACCAUUCAAGAAGGACACUCUAGGGUCUGUUUGAUGCGUGUUUUCCGUUUGGGCCUCGGAUUUCCUUGUUUCCUUGUGAUUUUCAUUGUGCUCUUCAUGACGCCAUCUUCCAUGCCUUUUUGGGUUUUCAUAUUGGCUCUCAUGCUUUCUGUGGUUCUCUUAUUGGUUAUGCUUUUUUGGGAACAUUAUGAGAAACUCAUGCGCCUUUGGAAAUAUUUUGUGAAAGAUGAUGAAAGAGGAACCAUUCAAGAAGAUUUAGUGAAACAAGUGAUGAGAAAAUGGCCAUCCACAAUUGAACAAGGCGAUGACUCGGGAUGGACUCCUCUACACAUUGCCGUGCAUUUGGGUAAUUGGAGAUUAGUCAGGGUGCUUUUAAAAAAUGAUAAUUCCCGUGCAUAUGCAAGAAACAAAGAAGGUUUAUCUGCUCUUCACAUUGCCGCCAAGGAAAACAAUUAUCCUGUUGUGAGUGAACUCAUGAAGGUAUGUCCAGAUAUUUCCGAGUUGUUGGACAACAGGGGUCGGAAUGCUCUUCAUGCUGCUGCAGAAAGUGGAGGGUGGAAAGUAGUGGUUUAUUUUAGGUGGAGUCCUCAGUUUGAGGGUCUCAUCAACGAAAAGGAUGAAGAAGGAAACACGCCUUUGCAUCUGGCAGUCAUCAAUGGGCAUGACUGGAUUGCAUCAUUUCUCCUAAAGGAUGGUCUAGGUGUUGACACAAAUGGUACAAAUGAGGAGGGCAUCACCCCAUUGGACUAUCUUUUAUUAAGGAAGCAGUUACGCUCCAGGCCAACGAUGCCAUUGUCGAGUAAAGGCGCUCGUCCAAUAAGCUUGAUGAAAGCAUUCAUUCGGAAUUUGUUCCCUAAGAGGAUAAAAAAACAACUGGCAGACAAUGGCUAUGACUAUGACAAUGCAGAUGGAUUGCCCAUAUCAGAUCUUAUGAAACAAGUGAGUGAGACCAAUUGCAUGUAUAGUGUGUGUGCAGUUGUUUGUUUUUAUGGGUAGCUACCUUUAGCAUUU